AUGACGUCGGAAGCUUCAUCCACGGCACAGGAGGUAACUAGAAGCACUGGAACAAUUCCAAAGAAGGUUCAAGGAGCUCUGUCCAUGUCAUGCAUCGGUGUUUCCUGCUUGUUUCCCGGGUCUACUGCUGGAAUGCUACAAUGCAGCAGGUGCGCUAUUUGGUUUCAUUUAAGAUGCGUCAACGCUUCGGACGACGCUAUCAAGCGAGCCUGGACGUGCAAGACUUGUUCCAAACUCGUCUUCAAAAUUCCUGGUAACCAACCUACUCCGAGGAACGUAUCAUCUAGCCUUUGUCAAGUCUGCGGCGGCCCAGAAACAAACGAAAUGGUGCAGUGCGACUUUUGUGAUUUGUGGCACCACUUCCAAUGCGUGGGUGUCACGGAAGAUAUCGCUAACAUCAGUUGGAAAUGUGCCAACUGCGAAGCUGCAAACAUUACCGAACACAUCUACUAUGCCUUCGCUUAUAGCCAGAUGCACGAGCCAGUCGCGACUAGGACUCGUUUAGGGUGGAUUGUAUACGGAGGAGGCGAAACGAAUAAUCACAAUUUCUCUGGUUACCACGGUGUGCAUAUGUGCCAGUGCAUAGGCAAUCAAAAUGACAUGCUUCUUCAGGCCAUGCGCGAUUAUUUUUCUAUAGACGGAUUGGGAAUCACAAAGUCAACAACCCUGAUUGAAUCAAACGAUGACCGUAGAGCCCGGGAGAUUUUAAAGAGCUUCAAACGAAGAGAUGAUGGACGUUUUGAAGGCCGAUUGCUUUGGAAGUACGAUAAAUUUAGACUACCAAACAGUAAAACACAAGCACUGCGCCGAUACGAAUGCCUGGAAAUUAGAAUGAAGAAAGACGCCUCACUCGCAAAUGUUCUACGUGAGAAAAUUCAAGACUAUGUUUCAAAGGGUUACAUACGGAAGCUCAACGCAGACGAAAUUGAAAGAGAUGAUCAACGAGUGUGGUACCUCCCAAUCUUCCCAGUAGUUAACAUCAACAAACCGAACAAAAUCCGUAUCGUGUGGGACGCAGCAGCUAAGAGUCAUGGAACCGCUUUGAACUCCCUCCUCUUAAAAGGUCCAGACCAAAACACAUCACUUGUCGACGUUCUAAUCAGAUUUCGUCAGCAUCGAAUCGCAGUAUGUGGUGACAUUAGGGAAAUGUUCCACCAGGUAAUGGUGUCUAAAGAAGAUCAACAUUUCCAAAGAUUUCUUUGGAAGGAAAACCCUAGUGAUACCAGUCCCAGCACAUAUGUCAUGCAAGUUCUUACCUUCGGAGCAUGCUGUUCUCCGAGUAUUGCACAAUACGUCAAGAACGUCAACGCCGGAGAGUUCGCAGGUCAAUAUCCCCUAGCAGCAGCAGCCAUAAUCGAAAACCAUUACGUGGAUGAUAUGCUGGUGAGUGUAGAAAGCGAACAGGAGGCUAUUCGAUUGGCAAAUGAAGUUCGUUUCGUUCAUGAACAAGCCGGGUUCGAAAUGCGAAAUUGGAUUUCCAACUCCACAGAUGUUUUGACCGCUUUGAAUCAACCGAACACUUUAAACAAGAGUCUAAAUCUUGAUUCUGAGUUGACUACGGAGAAGGUUCUAGGCAUGUGGUGGUGUACUUCUACGGACAGUUUUACUUACCGUUUAUCAAAAAGGCACGACGACGAACUUCUUGCAGGCAACCGCAUUCCCACAAAGAGGGAAGUACUACGAACGCUCAUGUCUGUGUUUGACCCACUAGGAUUCCUAUCAAAUUUGCUAAUUCAUUUGAAGAUCAUUCUACAACAGACCUGGAGAACAUCGAUUGGGUGGGAUGAACAGAUCCCGAAGAACAUCUUUGAUCGUUGGCUGGAAUGGAUAGCGGUUUUACCAAAGGUCAAGGAAAUACGUAUUCCUAGGUGCUUCCGCGCUGAGGUCUCAUCGGGGUUAGAUACAAACGUCCAACUACACACGUUCGUCGAUGCAAGUGAACUUGGAUAUGCAGCGGUAGUCUACCUACGUUUCAAGCAACACGACAAAAUAGAAUGCGUCAUUGUAGCAGCUAAAUCUCGCGUAGCUCCACUUAAGUUUCUAUCGAUCCCGAGAAUGGAGCUUGAAGCUGCACUUAUAGGGGCAAGGCUAGCCAAUUCGAUAUGCAAAGCAUGGAAUUUGAACAUCAAUCAGCGGUACUUUUGGAGCGACUCCAGGGAUGUGUUGUGUUGGAUUAGGUCAGAUCAUCGCCGUUACUCCAACUACGUCGGACAUCGCGUCAGCGAAAUACUGGACUUAACCCUAAUGUCAGAAUGGAGGUGGAUACCAACAGAUGAAAAUGUUGCAGAUGAAGGUACCAAAUAUCAAAGGUCACCAGAGCUGAAAAAUGAUAGCCGCUGGCUGAAUGGCCCAGAAUUUUUGAAGGAAGACGAGCCAACGUGGCCGAUCGAGAGAGUAGUUACCAAGCCGACACAAGAAGAAUUGAAAGCAUCCAUUUACCAUCACAUACAUUUACACCAAGUGAAAGUAGAAUUAUUCGAAGCGAAACGAUUCAGAAGCUGGAACCACCUAAGACGAACAGCAGCAUGGGUUCGAAGAUACCUCAUCAACCGUAACAAUCAGGCACACAAUAAACCCAUCUUUCUUGGUCCUCUCACCGGUCAAGAAAUUCACAAAGCAGAAUUAGUUCUUUUCAAACAAGCACAGCUUGAAAAGUUCUCUGAAGAAAUUACUAUCUUGUCAGAUGGUAACGUUUCCCGAAAACCUUUACCAAAAUCAAGUUCCAUUUAUGCACUUUGGCCGUUUCUAGAUGAACAUAGGGUACUAAGAGCCAGAACGCGAAUCGGAGCAUGCAAAAUGGCUAGCAUGGAUGCCAAGCAUCCCAUAAUCCUCCCGAAAAUAAGUCAUAUUACCAACCUUAUAGUUCACCAUUACCACGUACGUUUUUAUCACCGCAACCAUCGCACCGUAUUGAACGAGCUAAGACAACGUUUUCGUAUAGUACCCCGACUCGCUAGCAUACUCUGGCAGGUACGAACAAACUGUCAAAUUUGUAAAAAUUUACGAGCCGUUCCACAACCACCUCCGAUGAGCGAUCUCCCGAUAACUAGAUUGGCAGCAUUUUCCAGACCGUUCUCGUUUGUUGGAGUAGAUUACUUCGGUCCUAUUAAUGUCACUGUAAGGCGUAGUUCGGAAAAGCGUUGGGGUGUGCUAAUAACUUGUUUAACAGUACGGGCGAUCCAUAUUGAAAUAGCCUACUCACUGUCUGCACAAUCCUGUAUUAUGGCUCUGAGGAAUUUUAUGGGGAGGAGAGGAGUUCCCAUUGAAAUAUUUAGUGAUCGUGGUACCAACAUGGUAGGUGCAAGUAAGGAGCUUUUAACAGCUCUUAAUUUAAUGGAUCAGAAUUUAGUCAUCCAAGAAAUAUCGAGCCCGAAUACAACAUGGUCAUUCAUUCCUCCCGCUUCGCCGCAUAUGGGUGGAUCAUGGGAGAGAAUGAUCCAAUCUGUGAAAAGGAAUCUUAAUCAGAUAAAGCCACGCCAUCAGCUUUCAGAUGAAGUUCUCAAAAACCUUUUGAUUGAGAUCGAAAAUGUUGUCAACUCCAGACCACUGACUAAUUUGCCAUUAGACAACGAUAGUUCGCCAGUUUUGACUCCUAAUCACUUUCUUCUGGGAUCAUCAAACGGGUUGAAGCCUGCAACUUCUUUCGACGAUAGCAACCAGGCUUUAAGAAAUACUUGGCAAACAUCUCAAAUCGAGGCGAACGUUUUCUGGAAACGCUGGAUUCGAGAUUAUCUACCAGACCUCACCAAAACAACGAAAUGGAUAGAUCCGAGCAAAUCGAUCAGAGUGGAUGAUGUGGUCCUUGUUGUUGACCCCAACCUACCACGCAACUGCUGGCCUCUUGGCAGAGUGAUUUCGGCUACUCCUGGUAAAGACGGCGAAGUACGAGAAGCAGUAGUCCAAACUACAAACGGGAUUUAUGAGCGACCGGCUGUAAAGCUAGCAGUACUUGAUGUUCGACGCGAUGUAGAGGUUGAUCCGCUUUCAUUGCUGACCAAUAAAAAUACAGCAAUUGGGGAUGAAAACAAUUGA